UUAUGUUGACAAGCCCACAGGACGACGCCUCAUCAGAACGUCACAAAGCCUGAAGUUCCUGCCCUCUGGCACCUUUAUAAGGAGAGGAUGCUAGGAGGCUCGUUGCUCGUGUUCUGGGGGAGAGUAAAGUGAAACAAGGGAAGCUUAUCUGGGUCAGCUACGCACUAUGACAGUCCGCUGUGUAUACCUUUUCUGCAUACUGGUGUAUGCCACUGGACCCUUAUAUUGCAACGCCCUGAUCCAGAUGGAGGAAUAUAAAGCUAAACAUUUGCGAUAUUUUGUUACCAUGGAGGACGACAACAAAAAGCAACUGAUCAAUGAUUUACAUGAUGUUUUGGAAAGACUUCAGACAAAUCAACUUGCAUCCUUCAGAAAAAAACAUGGCCACCUGCCAAUGUGUGAUCCAGGAGACCAAUGUGCACUAAGGAAAGGCUCCAGGAUUGGGAAGCUGUGUGACUGCUCCCUGCCAAGAACAUGCAACUCUUUCCUACAUCGUUGUCUAUGAUACUCUCUCUUCUUAUAUCCAAUGACUAA